AUCCCACUGCGGCCAUGCGCGCCCAAGACAGCCCGACGGAGGUCGCAUGCGACAAGGUGUCCCACGCCAGCAGGUCGACGUCGCCAAAGACACGGCGAGGGCCGCAGCGCAGCGCGAUGGCCGCGCAGAGCCCGACGCCCCGCAUGUCUGCGCUCGCGCGGCUCACGACGCACCUCGCGGCGACGUACGCGCGGUGUGGCCUCGCUUACAAGAGCCCGCCCAAGGUCGAGCGCCGAGUGCUCACCAAGAACAGCCGCGUCACGGGCAACAAUGGCUGGGACAACGACGAGAACAACAUCGUGCUGCGUGUGCGAGACCUCUUGGGCGUGCAGAGCAAGACCGGCCACCCCACGCACCUUUUGUCGUGCUGGACCUUCUUGGCCAAGGCACGUUUGGCCAAGUGUUUCGGUGUCAAGAUGUCGACUCGAAGGAGCUCGUGGCCAUCAAGAUCAUCCGCAAUCACCCGUCGUACUACAAGCAGGCCCUUGUCGAGAUCCACGUCUCGAUGCUGCUCAGCACCACGUCUGAAAUUGAUGGCUUCGAGCACGUUGUGCAGAUGCACGAUCACUUUAUGUUCCAGAACCAUCUCUGCCUCGUUUUUGAGCUGCUCAGCAUCAACUUGUACGAGCUCAUCAGCCAAAACAGCUUUCGAGGCCUACCGCUCACCGUCGUCCGUGGCUUCCUCAUUCAAAUCCUCAAGAGCCUCGUGCUCCUUGGCCGCACCAACAUCAUACACUGCGAUCUCAAGCCCGAAAACAUCCUACUCUCCGGCACCGAGCAAACUUUCUCCAUCACGGACGCCACCUCGCGGCGCCAGGUGCCAAAAAUCAAGCUUGUGGACUUUGGCUCGGCCUGCUACGAAGACGAGACCGUCUACUCGUACAUUCAGUCGCGCUUUUAUCGGUCACCCGAAGUGCUUUUGGGGCUACCCUACAACGGCGCCAUCGACAUGUGGUCGCUGGGCUGUAUUAGUGUCGAGAUCUUCCUUGGGCUGCCGCUCUUCCCCGGCGUCUCGGACCACGACCAGCUCCGACUCAUUGUUGAAACCAUUGGACCACCGCCGUCGCACAUGCUCGCGGCUGGUCGCAACGUGCGCAGGUUUUACCACCGAGACGAGCGCGGCGUCUUGCGGCUCAAGACGCCGGACGAGUAUGCAGCCGAGACGCAGACGCCACGCAAUGUAUCAAAGCGCUACUUCAAGCACUCGGUCCUCGACGACAUCAUUCAUGCGUACCCGAUUCCUCGCAGCGCGUCGUCCGAAGAGUGCGAGAAAGAAGUCCAGGCGCGGCACGUGUUUUGCCACUUCUUGCGCGGCCUCCUCGUCGUGGACCCUGCGGUGCGCUGGACGCCAGAGCAGGCGCUCGCCCACCCGUUUGUGACGGGCGACGCAUUCGAGCCGAGCUUUGAGCCACCACGAGAGUACGUCCGGCCUCGAUACCGACCACCGAUGGCCUUCAUGCCACCGCCGCAGUGGGCCGGCUACUACUCGGCCCCUCGCAACAUUCCUCGGGCCGACCCCUACUACCCGUGCGGCCCAGUGUACCCCCACUCGUGUCCCAUGCCCGAUGGCUGUCACCCCAUGUAUUAUAUGUCGCCUGACUACUUUGGCCCACCCAUCAUGUAUACGGGCAUGUACGAGAUGCCACCUGCCGCGUGGGAGUACCCACCUCCCGUGCUCUUGCACCCCCACCGAUCGACGACCGAAAGCGAAAGGGGCCCGCCCCGCACCCGCUCUUUUUGCCACCAAACUUGA